UUCAUUAAUUUCUUCUUCUAUUUUCAAGAUUUUCAAGAUUAGAGAAGACCAAGAGCCUUCCUCCUCACAUUUCUCAUGAACUGUGGAAUCGUGUUGGGUUUCUAUUGUUGGGAUUGGGAGUUUUUAAAUUCCCUCCUCCUCUUCUCCAGCUAAGACAUCCUUCCUCCCUCCCUCUUCUUUCUCAGUUUUAUUGAUUUUCUCUUCUCUUUACUGUAAAUAAUAUAUAGAGAAUUUAAAGACCAAAAAACCAUGGCUCUGGCAAUCAUCACUGAAGAACAUGAUUUUGAUAAAGGUCUAUUAGAAGAAUAUGUUAGGAGAUCCUCUCCACCACCUUUCUUGUCCAAGACUUACAUGCUCGUCGAAGAUCCGACCACUGACGACAUAAUCUCUUGGAACGCCGAUGGAACUUCUUUCGUAGUAUGGAAACCUGCCGAGUUUGCAGGUGAUUUACUUCCAACUCUCUUCAAGCACUCCAAUUUCGCAAGUUUCGUCCGACAACUCAAUACAUAUGGAUUCCGGAAAGUCACAACCAAUAGGUGGGAGUUCUGUAAUGACAUGUUUCGAAGAGGUUCAAGGAAUUUGUUAUGCAAAAUCCGGCGAAGAAAAGCAUGGACGAAUAAGGGUUCUCAUAACACCGCCACUGCACCAACCCAAAUAGCACCACAAGAGUCUGAUGAAGAGGGAGGAUCGACAUCGUCCUCUUCGUCUGGUUACAGCAGCAUCUUUAAUGAAAAUAAGAGAUUGAAGACAGAGAAUGGAGUUUUAAGCUCAGAGCUUAUAAAUAUGAAGAAGAAGUGUCAAGAACUACUUGAUUUGGUGGCUAUUUUUACUGGUUCAAAGAAUGAUAAAGAAGAAGAUAAAAGGCCAAAGCUUUUUGGAGUAAGGUUGGAAGUUCCAAUGGAGAUCAGGAAGAGAAAGAAGGCAGAGAUUAGUGAGAAUUAUCUCCAGAUUUAAUUAU